AUGUUGUCAGCGGAACACGAUAGUCGAGAAGAUCCCUGCGCUACUUCUUUAGACUUCUCCUUCCUUGUGCUGCUUCCAAGAGUUGCUUGUACUUACGAAGAUCUUGUUGCAAAGCUGUUCUGCAACCGGCAUUGGCUACCAGUCGCUCGAGAUGUGUUGCAGUCGGAUCCAGCCUCAGUGCUCUUCUCCUGUCCAGCAGAUCCUUGUGGCUUUCAAAAUUCGUUCCAAGUUUCUUGUGCGAAGCAUUGA